AUGUCUUCGUCUUCGUCUUUACCUUCGGCCACAACAAAUUUAACAGAGAUAAAAGCCCUUGAAAUUUUUGACGGAUGGAAGGACCCAUUUACCAAAUAUUUUGAGGUGACGCCCUGUGAAAAUUGGUCCCCUGAACAUUACGUGAACUGGAUCAUUGAGUAUUUAGAACAAAAAAGAGUAAGGAGAAAUUUUUACAGGGCAGUGAGAGCGAUAAAUAACCAUGAAGAUAUUUCUUCAAGAAUUAAAGUGGUUACCAAUGAUCUUUUGGAAAACCAAAAGUCGACUGAAGAAGUAUGGACAAAUCUGCCGAAUACUGAAAAGAAGCGGGGCAGAAGUGAAGAAGAUGAAGUGGGAACCUCCAAGAGAAGGAAAGUGACCGACUCUGAAAGGGACCAGGAGGUGUUGUCCUAUAUUCCUCCUCUAAUUGAAUUUUCUCCCGAUGCUUCCGCAUCAAAGGUGACCACAUCGGCGACCGGGAAGCCGCCAAAGGAGGUUAAACUUUGGGAGGGGUUCUUUGAGGAGGUAGACGGAUAUACCUUCGACCAAGAGAAGAGAGAAUUCGAUGUUCCCGAAUUUUCUUAUCAGCGCCCAUUCCACAAGGAAAAAUCCGUUUGUACAGCCUUCGAAGUGAACGUCAAUACUGUACUAAACGAGGGAGAGUUAAUCCUAGUAAUCGAGAUCAAGAGAAGUCAUAUUCUCGAAGAUCUCGGUGAACGGACUUUUCCUGAGUACUACGCCGACGACGAAAAGGGGAGGGCUGUCGUAAGGCAGAUUUACGGUUAUAUGGCUAGAAAUAAUCUAGCCUACGGGAUGCUCUCCACGUAUGAUCACUUUUGGUUUCUUUAUCGACCUUAUGAAGAACCAGAACAACAUAUUUCUUCUCCUAUUUUCUUACCACAUGACAAUAACAGUACUAUGUGUCAAAACUCCAAUCCUCCUCCAUUUUCACAGCCUCAGUCUGUUCCCAAUCAACAUCCAACUUUCCAUCGCAAC